AUGCUUGCUGCUGUGCUCUCUGAUUCCCCUCGUCAAGAAAAGUUCAAGUAUUCCCUUCAAGUGAAGGAACAUGUCGUUCCUGAGGCGCGAUCGGACCAAGCCGUUGUGCAGAUUCAAGCGGCUGCACUCAAUCAUCGUGAUAUCUGGAUUCUCAAGGGCUUGUAUCCUGGUAUUAAGCCUGAUUCGGUCUUGGGUGCUGACGCUGUGGGUGUGGUCCUCAAGUCCAGUGGUGCUGGUGCUGCCAAAGUCGGUCAACGCGUCUUGAUUUCACCUAGUGUCAACUGGGAUUCCAAUCCACGAGCUCCAGAAGGCGCAUUUAGCAUCCUUGGCUUAUUGCCUAAUCCUGGUACCCUUGCUGAAACCAUCAACAUUGACGAAAAGGAGGUCUUCCCUUGCCCCGAUCAUCUUACAACGGCCGAAGCUGCUGCUUUACCCUUGGCUGGUUUGACUGCUUACAGAGCUACUUUCACCAAGGGCCGAGUUCAAAAGGGUGACCAUGUCCUUGUCACUGGUAUUGGUGGUGGUGUCGCUUUGUUUGCUCUUCAAUUUGCCGUAGCUGCUGGUGCCAAUGUCUAUGUCACAUCAUCAAGCCCUGAAAAGAUUAGAAAAGCCGUUGAGUUGGGUGCUAAAGGAGGCGUCAACUACAAGGAUCCUAACGCUGGUGCUGAACUCAAGAAGCUCCUUAAUGGUGCAAAGAUUACCACUGUGGUUGAUGGUUCAGGUGGCCAACUCUUUGAUCAAUUUGUCCGCGUGAUGGAUAACGGUGGUGUCAUUGUUCAAUAUGGCCAAACAGCUUCUCCCAAAGGUGUCAACUUCAACAUGACCGCUGUGCUCAAGAAUAUCGAUAUUUGCGGUUCAACCAUGGGUUCUCGUGCUGAAUUCAAGGAGCUCUUGGAAUUUGUCAACAAGCACAAGAUCCACCCAAUUGUGUCGGACGUGUAUCAUGGAUUGACCCAACAAAAUGUGGAUGAUGCCUUUGAACGCCUUGAACAAGGUGGUCAAUUUGGUAAGGUGGUCCUUGAAAUCCAAAACACACGCCAAAAGCUGUAA